AUGUUAAAUGAGAAUGGCAUUUUUUUCUUUAAAUUUAAUGAUGUGGGUGGAUGUGAUCAGGUGAUUGAGGCUGGCCCGUUGAUGAUUAGGGGUAUUCCGCUUUUCGUUCAUCGUUGGGAUCCCUCUAAGGGAUUGAGAAAACCGGAACACUCCUCUUGUCCGUUAUGGGUGAAAUUGCAUAACAUUCCUCUUGUUGCUUUGAAUAGAGAGGGUGUUAGUCGUAUAGCAAGUGUACUAGGAGUCCAUAAGCAGAUGGAUUCCUGUACUGCUGCAAUGUGUAAGAAGGCUUCGGGUCGACCUGGUUUUGCCAAAGUGUUGGUUGAGGUCUGGGCUAUUGGAGAACUAAAAAGGAAAAUAGAGGUUGAAAUUCCAAACCUUAAUGGAGGGGAUGCUGACAGUGUACAAAUACAGGUUGAAUAUUUAUGGGAGCCGGUCCAAUGUUCCCAUUGCAAUAUUUUUGGUCACAAAAUCUCGACUUGUACAAAAGCCGCUAGUCUCAAUAAAGGGAAGCAUAUUGAUGUGAGGAAAGACUCCGAAGGGUUUAUUAGAGUGGAGAAAAAACAUUGGCGCGUAAAAUCUGGAGGUAAGCCCGAUCUCCAUGGUGCCCGGCAGGUUUUUGAGAAUGACAAGUCUGGCCCUCCUGCUUCGUCCUUGGUAGCGAAUAAUUCACAACAUGAACAGGAUAAGGUAAGGAUUAUGGGAGCCUCGGUUGGUGACCCGGUUGUUCAACAAGGAAAUAUUAUGCGGAGUGCUUCUGGUGAUGUUGUUUCCAUGGCCUCUUCCUCCCAGUCUUCCCAAUCUUCUCACCCUAUGGCUACUUCUACUCCUCUCCUUUCUUCUGUGAUAAAAAACUUUCGUUUGCCACGGAAGGGGGUUAUGAAAGACCCUGUGGAAGCUUCCAACAUAUUUGGCGUUCUUGAGCAAUCAGGGGGAGAGGGUACUCAAACGGACUCUCAGGUUAGUGAUGGAAAAGAUCAUGUUGUUCGAACUGUGGAUGAGGAUAAUAGGGGUCAAGGGGAUGUUCCAACCUCUUCAUCAUGUUGA